GGUGGUCGUGGGGGGUUGAGGGGACUGCCGUGGGUAGAGGUAGGGAGCGCGGAGGGGAGCAACACAUCAGGACACAUCUGGACGGAGACAGGAAAACAAAAAGGAACUUGGGGAUUUUUGGACGGAGAGGGACGGAGACUAGGCGGUCGCCUGCAUCGACAAUCAUACUUUAUCCGUGUGGGAGACGCCAUCGACAACCCAUGAACAGCUCAGAGCGCCGGCACCAUGUGUGCGGAGGUGGAGGCGUGGCGAGCGGGCAUAGGUUUUCCCCCCCGUCGGACCGAGGCUGAGGCUCCGGAGAAGGUCUACAGCUGGCAUGGCCACUCGUCAGCCAGAUGCUAGCCCAGAAGAGCUUCUGUUCGGGGCCGCCAUCAUGGAAAACGUGACGCCCGGCAGCACGCCCGAGGAGCCGGCGGAGAGGAGCUACAACUACCUGGCCCUGGUCCUCGGCGUCCCCCUCAUCCUGAUCAUCAUCCUGGGCAACGUACUGGUGUGCCUCAGUGUGCUCACCGAGCGCUCGCUCAAGACCGCCACCAACUACUUCAUCAUCAGCCUGUCGGUGGCCGACCUCCUGCUGGCCGUGUUGGUGCUGCCGCUGUACGUCUAUACUGAGUUCUUGGGUGGCAUUUGGACGCUGAGCACCUACAUAUGCGAUGCUCUGAUGACCAUGGAUGUCAUGCUGUGCACUGCCUCCAUCCUGAACCUGUGUGCCAUUAGCGUAGACAGAUACAUCGCCGUGGUGGUGCCGCUCAAAUACAACCGGAACCAGUUCAGUGUGCGCCAGCUGGCCCUCAUCACCGCCACCUGGGUGCUGUCGCUCGUGGUGGCCAGCCCCGUCAUCUUCGGCCUCAACCGGGUGCCGGGGCGCGACCCCAGCGUGUGCAAGCUGGAAGACGACCACUUUGUGGUGUACUCCUCCGUGUGCUCCUUCUUCGUGCCUUGCCCCGUCAUGCUCUUCCUGUACUACUGGAUGUUCCGCGGCCUUCGGCGCUGGAGCACGGGCCGAAGUCGCAGCCAGGUCGCGCACGGGGGCCGCCAAAGCCUCUCGCUGCGGCUCAGCUCGGCGUUGCGGCGGGAAAAGGCGAGAGGCGGUGGCGCCACUGCCGUCGCCGCUGGCAGGGAGAAGGCGGUGUAUCUGAGCCCGACGUCGCCGUCCGCAAUCUCUGUUGUGUCAACGCCCCUGGCGACGCCGCUGGGACCGCCGGAGGGCGAGGGGGACGGGGGGCAGGACUGCCUGACGGCGGCAGCGGAGAGCGACCCCAUGACGACGCAGGUGGAUAGCGGGUCCGACGGUGACCCCGUCGAGAGGGCUGCCGGGGAGGCAGGUGGCGGUGGCGGAAGGGAGAACGGCCUGGCCAAGGCCUUCGGGGUGAAGAGGUCGCGGCGCAACAGCAAGAGCAGCCGAGUGAGCGGGAGGGAGCGCAAGGCUAUGAAGGUCCUUCCGGUCGUCGUGGGGGUGUUCCUGGCCUGCUGGACACCGUUCUUCGUGGUGCACGUCACCAACGUGCUGUGCGAGUCGUGCAACAUCGGCCCAACGCUUAUCUCCGUGGUGACUUGGCUGGGCUACGUCAACAGCGCCGUCAACCCCAUCAUCUACACUGCCUUCAACACCGAGUUCCGGAAUGUCUUUCACAAGCUGCUCUGCUGUCGGACCUGAGCCAACCCCGGAGUCGGACCACUGAGAUGGAUAUCUUUAUAUCUGUAUAUAUUGCUCAUAGUUGUGAAUAGGUUUCUGUACUGUGUGGAGCGUGUGGAUCCUAACCGCUUCGGACGACAGGAGUUCUCAAUCUUCGCAUCUUUCUUCCAACGUCGAAAAAUAACAUAUUUUCAGGGAUGUCUUGACUGAGCGUUUUGGUGUCAGAUCCCCUGCAGUUACCGAUACACAUAUAAAACGAUGCGAUAUGAUUGAGGAACAGAGAUGUGUAUGUGUGUAGGUUGACGAGACGGACGAAACUGAGACACAGCUUCCCCCGGGCCAAAGGGCUCAAAGGUGUUGUGGAUUUCAUACGUUUCCCCUUGGGUAAGGACUAUAUUUGCCUUGACAACGGGGGACUUUUCUCCAAGGGAUGCUGAACAAUGCCAUGGACCACUUUGUUCAUCAGAAGAUGCAGUCAAAGUUCUUUGCAGUAUCUGGGUAAUUGAGGGGAUUUAGGUUCUAAGGGGGUUUGUGUACAACAAAAUAAUACAAAACAUAAAAAAUAUAUAUAUUUUGUGUUUUGCACCCAUCUAUGUGAAAGGGGUAGUCCUCUGGCAAAAAUAAACUCUUUUGUUUAUUAUCAUGCUUGUAAAUGUUGGUUUAACACGAGAUGCCAUGGCGAUGCUACUAGAUAACGUUCAAUUAAUUUUCAUCAACAAUGUCCUGUUCUAACCCUCCCUUCUGAAAGAAAAAUUUAGCAGAGGUGCCAAGGAAGGAAAAGCAAUUAUGUUUCCUUGUAUUCCCUGGUGGGUUACAUUGCUUCUCUUCACAAUGGGCUGCUGUGAGCUCAAGUGCCUCAAGCAUUUUCUGAAAACCAAAUGUUUGGGAAUUGAUCGUCAAUUGCCGCUGUGUUUGUGUUAUUCUUUCAGUGAUUUCCAAAGAACUGAUGAAAGACACGAUACAGCCAAUGUUACGUGGAGGUCUUUCCAUUGCUGGUCAUAUAAAUGCAACGAUGUGCGUGCGUGUGUGUGUGUGAAACGUAAAAGUUCAUAAGCCCACAAAGAGCUCUCUCAUUCGGUACAUAAUAUGCAUGCCAUGGACGGUGUACUCUGGUUUCACUGUCACUUCAAACAAAACUUUCCGUUGGAGGUAGAAUUUCCCUGUCCUUUUAAUCUAUAUUCUCGCCUUUGCAGAUAGUGAGAUGCUCAAGAAGAAUUUACACGAUUUAGUGAAAAUGUACAAGAUGUAUCAACUUAAAUGUAUCAUCAGUUUUCCAGAAAAUCAUCAGCACACAGCAAUUUUGGACAAAGGGGCUAUUGUUUCUUAAACCCCAUCAUCCAUCUCAGUAAUUCAAAGCGCCGUUCUCCUGAAAAGGCUCAGUGGGUCAUAAUGUGCUGCCCUUUGUGCACCGAGAGUAAGGACUUCUUAAACUAUGUAAUGAAGGCACUUCUAGAGUUCUCUUUUGUCAAAGGUAAUGGGGAACUAUUAGGUAGCAGCACUAAAGAUUAUCGGUGCUUUCUACUACUGUUAAAGAGGCCCUGGAUUUCAAUAUGAUUGAGGAGUCCAUAAUACCACGUACACCCAAAAUGAUGGAUGAUUAUGGUUAUAUGAUAUUAAAAUGUGUAUAAUACCUUUCGGUGAACAAAUGUGGAUAUCAUUUCCAUUUUCUUUCUUCAGGGGGAUUCAAAGGGAGAAUCUUAUAUUGCACAGUGUGGCCUGUUGUGUGUGAAUCCUGUUACAUUCAGUCACAUUCCCGAUGGACUCACCAUCGCUCUGGGACGAGGACCCAAGUCAUUAAACCACAAACAGUGUCACCCUAUUUUCCACCAGUAUAUGAUUUGUCAUUUUCCUACUCAGGGUCCGAUUGAACGUGUCUCAAUAACAGGACCGGGGGCCAACGACUCAGCGGCGACUGAGACCUCUCUGGCAGGCUUCAAGGUUUUGAGGGGUAGAAAGAAGGGAAAAUCCACACAUCAGCACGGAUUAUCCAUAAGCACGUUCGUAUGCUGAUCCGCGGAUUUCCCCAUCUUUGCCCUCGUUGCUUCUGUGCAGUCGAGACCCCCCUGUAUCCGCGGCAGUUUCAGAUCUGCAGGAUCCAGUUUGCUGAUUGGAUACCCUGGGUCUUUUAUCGUCCGCCACACAGAACCGUUUCAUCGCAUACUCGUCAUACCCAUCUGGAAUAAGGGGCUUGAAGACAGACAGAAAGACCCUCUGGUUGUUGCAUUAUCUGUGGCCCGGCGGGGAGCCGCAGCGCUCUUUGAUCUAUGCCUUAGCCAUCACAGCAGGAUUCAAAGACAAUGACUGUAUCUUGUUUCUGCAGUAGGUCUCGGGAAGGGUGUUUUAUUUCCUGUAAGUUAUGAAUUGAUUACAGUAGAUGUUAAUACUAGCCCGGCGACAUAAAGUAUGUGAUUGAUGACUUUACAUGAUUUUCAAAUCAUGCACGAUUAUAAACGGUAUAUAAACUUUUUUGGAUGUUCUUUUACAAUUUUAUUCAGGGGAGUUUGGCUUCGCCAUCAAUUUAGCAUUUGGUUUUUUACUUUUACCCUCUCCAUUCCGAAGAAAAAAAAUGGGAAUAUUCAAAAUCGAAUAUCUAAUCAUCAAAUUGAAAAUAAUUAUCAAAUGAAUGUUUACACAUCAGUAUUUAACGCAGAAGGAGGCUAUCAUAGAGAAGAAAACAGACAUCAUUUGUCAAAGUGCAGACAUCAUUUGUGACCUAUUUAUCUGUUAAAGUGCUAUAAAAGUGCAGUGAAGAGGUGAAUGUGACCACUGUAAUUGAAACCAACAAUCUUUGUCAUUGGUGGAAAAAUAAAAAAAAGAUUUGUACAAACA